AUGCGUGCGAAUAUUCGUGAGCACACCCAAUUCUUUUGCUCAGGAGGCAUAGCCAACAAUAAGAUGUUGGCAAAAUUAGUUUGCGCUCGUCACAAGCCUCGACAACAAACAGUACUCCCAUUCGAAUUUGUUCCGAUCGUUUUCGAAGACACUUCUAUUGGAGAUGUGCGUAUGCUGGGAGGAAAACUUGGUCACGCACUACAGGAUCGCUUUGCUAUCGGUACUAUGGCACAGCUCGCAGCCGUUCCGUUUGAAAAGAUUGAACAAUAUUUCGGAAGCCAAGCACAAUGGAUUCAUCAACUGGCCAAAGGAUUCGAUGAUGAACCGGUGAAACCACGCGAUUCUCAACAAUCGAUAGCUGUCAGCAAAAAUUUUCCCGGAAAGAAUAAAUUGGAAACCGUUCCAGAAGUGCGAAGAUGGAUUGAAGGUUUAUCAAAAGAACUCUCGAAACGUCUUGUAGCUGAUCAGGUCAAGAAUAAGCGAACAGCAGAGAAUGUCGUGUUUGGGAUAUUGAAUAACACCCGAACUUCAAAAACGCUUAAAAUCUCCUCCUACAACCCUCAAGUGCUUGCCGAUGUUAUGUGGUCUGCAGCGAAAAAUUUCAACCGAGCCCCACUCAAUAGCGAUAAGUGGGAUCCACCAAUUUUUAAUCUCUAUAUGAGCGCUUCUCGGUUCGUAAGUGGCGUCAGUGCUCAAAACCAAAGCAUAAUGGAGUGGGUGGAAAAACGCCUGAAGCCAGGCGGAGCUGGAAGUAGCAUGCUCGAAUCAACCGACCAAUCCGCUCCAGAUCCACGAGUCUUCGUUAAGGGAGUGUUGAAGCCAUCAAGUCACCUGGAAGUUCCUGGCCCGUCUGGUGGCACGAUUUCUGAAAGCGACUCUCCAAUCAAAACGACUGCAACGGUAAAGUCUGCCGGUGCAGAACCCGAAGUGGAUGAAGAUGGCUGGCAGGUGUACAACCCUCGCGCCUUUGAAGCUUCUUCAGACGCAGUCCCUGCUCUGGAACUUAACGACAUUGGUGUAAUAUCUCCGUCUGUCUUUCAAGAACUUCCGGAAAACAUCAAAGCAGAAUUAGCCCACUUCCAUAAACUGGACCAGGCGAAAAAAUUAAAAGCAGCAGCAGAAGAACGUGGUAAUAACAAGUCGCAAGGAAAGAAACGACCUGUGAGACUUGAGGCGAAAGAACCACCGCCAAAAAAGAAGCUCGACGCGUUUUUCAAGAAAGAGUAA